AUGGCACGAGGAUCCACAUCUCCUCCGCAGGGAACCUCACCGAUGUCCAGCACGGGCAGUGUUCACACGCAGGAACCUCCCCGCAAGUCCGAGCGGUCCCACGAAGAAAACCAAGAGAGAGCGUUUAUUGCGGCCUCUCGUCGCGCCGACCGCAGCAUCGAGGCACGCGUCCAGUCGGCGCGGAUGGCGUCCAUCAUCCACAAGAGACGGACCGGCCGCAGCUUUAAGAUUUCCGAGGAGAUUGUCUUGAAAGAAGACAUGUACGAGGAAGAAGACGACGACCUUCCGCGCCUGCGAAACAACGCCACCCGCGGCUAUGGCAGCGUUGACAUCUCGAACAUCCCGCCGGGGUCGACGGCCGAAGAGCAGCGCGCCCGGGCUCAGCGCGAGGCCGAAAUCAACGACUUAUUCGCGCGCCACUUCCCGAACGUGUCUCAGCAAUACCAGCGGCCCCAGCAGCCUCCGCAGCCCCAGCAGCCCCAGCAGCAGCCACACGCCGCGACCGAUCCCCACGCCGCAGAGAUCCAGCAACAGCAGAUGUACCAGAUGCCACAGCAGUACCGCAACCAGCAACAGCAACAGCAACCGGCCGGCCAGUAUUAUCAGGGACAACCGCAGCCCUUUGCCUCCCAGCCGCACCAGCAACAUUUCAGCGGCAACGAACCGUCUUACUUCCACCACCGCGACUCCGUCACAUCCUUCGCGGGGAGCAACGAUGGCAGCGGUAUCUUCCCCAUGGCGUCACCACAUGCCAUCCACGCAAGCAUGGGGGGCGGCCACCCGUCUCGGUCCAACUCUGUGGCCGCUGGGUCGGAAAUGAUGCCCGUCCUUUCCAGCGCUAGCAGCAGCAACGAUACCGGCUCGAACUCCGGAUCGCAGCCAUUGCCGGUCGACAUGUCCACGCUUCCUGGCAGCUUUACCAUCCCUACCACGGCGCACGACACGUUCCAGUCUUCCGUCGGAAACCGUUUCUCACAGGCGGCUCUGUCACCACCGCUGCCUGGACUCAAAUACAACAGCACACCCACCGGAACGCCGUCUGUUUCAACGCCCGCGUCACAAGAUAGCUGCAGCUUGGCGGCAGUUGCCAACCACAGCCCCAAGCCCCACAUCCGCCGCGAAAGCAGCGGCAUUGUUCUGACAACGUACGGUCCCAAUCGCACAGUUACUCCGGUCGCCGACCCCUCGAAGCCCAUUGACACAGCUGCCUGGGCGGCAGCCGCAGGCACGGCCGCCCUGACAUACCCCGUCUUGGACCCGAACGUGUCCCAACAAUUCGUGCACGGCAGUGCUGUCUCCAACCCGACCAUGCCUGAACACAUGCUAUGGUCGAUGCUGUCUGAAGACGGCACAUUUCCCAUGCCUGCAGACCCGACUGCCGAGAUGCCAUUCCCGCUGGCCAUGGCCAUGGACGACACCGUGCAUCAGUCGAUGGACUUUACGAGCGUGCCGACGUCUACCUUUUCGUCAUGUCAUUCUGUCCACACUCUGGUCCCGGGCUUUUCUCCAGAGGCCAUGCAGGAGCAGUUUGGCAGCCGGAUCGGCACCCCGGACGGCGGCGCCGGUGACCCGUGGAACGAAUGGGUUCAUUACCAGGACUAA